GCACACCAAAACAGAGGAUUUCAAUGGCGUCACCAUUCCAUUCAGUUUUUUUUGCAGUAUUGGGAGAUUUAACUCAGGGACGCUCUACCACUACGCUACAUCGCCAGCAAUUCCCUCCCCCUUAUUUUAUAGUUUGGUUGCCCAGACGAGACUCAAAUUUCUGAUCCUACUACCUCAACUUUCCACAGCCGUGCACCCCGGCACUUGACUUAUCAUUCAUUUUUUGAGCACGUUUUUUUUUUUUUUUUUUUGUACCGGGGAUAGACCUCAGGUCCUUGCGCUUGCGAGGCAGGCGACGGAACCAUUGAGCUAAAUACCCGGGCCUUGAGCACAUUUUUUGUGCUUUCAAAAUCAUCUGACUCCAAGCUGAUGAAGAAAGGUCUGCCAUUUCUUGUACAAGCUCACCAGGAUCUGCUCCAUCAAGAAGAAUAUCAACAAGGUGCCCCACCAGACCUGGAUAGUUCCCUUCAAGGUGCAGCUACCUUUGGGCUGACUCCUGAAUUCUUCAGUCCUAGCCACUUCAGUGACCUGGAAGCUCACAUCAAACCUGCAGCCCAAAAUCUGAGAUGGAGAUACCAGAGGAGCCUGCAGGAAGCCUGGGCCCAGUGCCUGUUCUGUCCACAGCGUCUGUGUCAGGGCUCACCAUGGAGCCCCUGCACCCUCUCUGAGUCCAUCUUUGGCACCUCCUCCCUUUCAAGCACCUGUCUGCUUCCUCAGAACAGUUCCUGGGAAGCAUGGCACGUGCCCUGGUAUCUCAGGGAUGGCCAGCUUCACCCUGCCCUGCACACCCGCCAAAGGACAGAGCAGCUGCUGGUUCAGACCCAGGAGGUGUUGGUGCCCCAGGAGCACACCUUCAGCAGGAGGGCUGGCCCCACCUCCAUGACCUUAGCCAUCUCUCUCCCGGACUACCCUGCAGUUUGGAGGCUGCAGGUCUGCCCCAGAGAGUCCCUGCCUUGUCCUUCCAACCAGCAAGUGGGAAUGCUCACCUGGAAGGCCUGGGUGAGCUCACAAGAGACCUGGACACCACGGAGUGACACUCAGACAAUAGGCAGAGAAUACAGUGGAGAGACCUAGGGUUCUGUGUGGAGGACCCAGAGAGA